CUCCAAAAAAUCCUCCAAACCCCCUUUGCCCGCCCCUCCCUCGUCGCUUUUGGAUUCAGAGGAAGAAGAAGAAUCCAAACCCAUGAGUUACGAUGAAAAAAGACAACUGAGUUUGGAUAUCAAUAAAUUACCCGGAGAAAAAUUGGGAAGAGUCGUUCACAUCAUCCAAUCCCGGGAGCCUUCGCUGAGAGAUUCCAACCCCGAGGAAAUCGAAAUCGAUUUCGAGACGCUGAAACCGUCGACGUUGAGAGAGCUGGAGCGCUACGUGCUGUCGUGUCUGAGGAAAAAACCGCGGAAACCCUAUAGUGAAACCCUGAAGAAGCCGGUGGGGAAGACGAAAGAGGAGCUGGCCCUGGAGAAAAAACGGGAAUUGGAGAAACGACUGCAGGACGUCAGCGGGCAGCUCAACUCGGCCAAAAAACCCCCAAAAAAGGGUCAGAAA